UAUAUAAAAUAAGUAAAAAAUACAAUAUGGAGUAUUUGAGUGUGUAUGUUAUAAUAGCAGAACAUAAUACAAUGUGUUUAUGAAUUUCAUAGAUGGUUAUUGUAAGCUUAUUAAAACGAAUGAUACUAGAAAGCCAUGAGAUACCAGCUAUUCAUCCAUAUGUACUCGCGAACUUGACAUUUUUAGAAAAACCUUAUUUAACAUCAAUAGGGCUAAUUGAACCCCAAAUUGCUGAUUUACAAGCUACUAUUGAAAAUAGCAUUCGCUUAGCUAUUAUUCCAAUAAAAGCGUACUGCAAAGAAUAUAAUAUUCACUCACAUUUAUAUAAUAUAAAUGUCGAGUCAUAUGUAAAGAAAUUCUUUGAAGGUAAUCCAUCACUAAACAGAAUAAAAGAAGAAAUAUCAAUGCAAAUAAAAAUGAAGUUAAAACAAGAGAAGACAUUUCCUGAAAAUAUCAUUAUUGGGUUAUUUUUCAUAAACGUUGAAUCCUUGAAACAUUUAUUGAUAAGUAAACGGAUUGAAUUAGCAGAAUUAAUUAUGAAAACACAUGCGAGUUUAACAACCGAGAAAAUAGAAAUAUGCUGCGCAGAAUACAAUAGGAUGUAUCUGAAGCUUAUUGAAGUUCCCACUACAGUAGAACAAGUGUUUGAAAUAAGAGAAUGGAUAAAUGACUUGCCAAAUUUAAUUAGUGAUCAAACUGAAAUCUUAAAACGAUUAUUAAAGGAAAUGGAUAUGUUGGAUCCAUUUUUGUGGAUAUUAGAAGAUGAACAAUUAAAAUUAAAAUAUAGCUCUUUAAUUUGGCCUUAUAAGAUUAGCUUAAAAGUAAAAGAGUCUUUAGAAAAUAUAGCAAUUUAUAUUUUAGAAAAACCUUAUUUAACAUCAAUAGGGCUAAUUGAACCCCAAAUUGCUGAUUUACAAGCUACUAUUGAAAAUAGCAUUCGCUUAGCUAUUAUUCCAAUAAAAGCGUACUGCAAAGAAUAUAAUAUUCACUCACAUUUAUAUAAUAUAAAUGUCGAGUCAUAUGUAAAGAAAUUCUUUGAAGGUAAUCCAUCACUAAACAGAAUAAAAGAAGAAAUAUCAAUGCAAAUAAAAAUGAAGUUAAACCUAGAGAAGACAUUUCCUGAAAAUAUCAUUAUUGGGUUAUUUUUCAUAAACGUUGAAUCCUUGAAACAUUUAUUGAUAAGUAAACGGAUUGAAUUAGCAGAAUUAAUUAUGAAAACACAUGCGAGUUUAACAACCGAGAAAAUAGAAAUAUGCUGCGCAGAAUACAAUAGGAUGUAUCUGAAGCUUAUUGAAGUUCCGACUACAGUAGAACAAGUGUUUGAAAUAAGAGAAUGGAUAAAUGACUUGCCAAAUUUAAUUAGUGAUCAAACUGAAAUCUUAAAACGAUUAUUAAAGAUAGGUACCACAAUCAUUAUUAGUCAGCUUAUUAUUUAUAGGAAAUGGAUAUGUUGGAUCCAUUUUUGUGGAUAUUAGAAGAUGAACA